AUGGGCAAUGAUCAAUCCAAAGAAACCAACUCCACCAGCAAGGCAACUCGGCCAGCACCAGCCCCAUCGCCAGGCCAGAAACCAAAGCCCGUACCGGCGGGCAGAGUCAACCGCAAAGUCGAAGGCGCACUCGCCUGGCCAGGACGCGAUAGAACCGACCCCCGAGCCCCCUACACGUUCGGAAAAUGCUCCGACCCAGAUAUCGAAUCCGCCAUGGCUGGCGUGCGGUACGAUAUUUUUGGUGCAGCAUCGCAGCGUCGCGACGAUAGCAAGGACAUCAUCAAUUUCUAUCGCAUUGAGAAUGGACGCGAGCGGACAAUUCCGCGAAGUAGUUCCUUCCAGAGGCGUGCUUGGGUUGUCGGCGUGGCGUAUAACCCGUGGCGGGUUGUUAAUGGGUUUUCUUCGGGUGUGCAGCAGCAACUGGCGCACUGGGGCGUCUAUAUUCGGCCUGUGGCUGCUGAUCAGCAGGGACCAAACUACCAAAUCUUCGGAAUGAACUUCCGGAAGGAAUACAAAGGCCAACUCAUUCUUGAGAACGUUUGGGGGACUCCAGGAGAGCAGGGUACAGGGGUUUGGAAGAAGACUCUCUCCCCUAAGGAUUUCAAUGUAGUGCAAGAAAGGGGCCUGGAGGAGGUUGUCAUGUACUUCAGUUUCGAAGAAUUCGUUCUGAACCUCCAACUCGUACUCUGGGAAUUUGUCCGUCAGCGAAAGAGUAGCGGCCAGGGUGAAAUCGACCAGCAUCAUGGGGAAGCAUACUCCCUCUUCCGCGGCAACUGCCAGCACUUCGUGCGAAACGUCAUGACAGCUCUGAAAGAUCGCGGGUGGCAGCGGAAGGGCAGGCUCCAUCGUCCGUUCGACCUCUAUGAAUUUGAGAGAGAACUCCUGGAGAAGCUCAGCCGCGAGAUCCGGGACGCGCGGCCGGAGGAGCUGGAGUAUUACAUGCACCGUAUGCACCUGCAGCUAUUCACACCCGACACGUUGAAUCGUACCGCGGGUUGGAUGAGGAAGCAUGGGGCUCCUAGUGGGAUGCCACCGGAAGCGAAUAGCAGUCCUGGUAGACAUAGAUAA